UAUUGUCAUGUUUUAUGAAUAUUGAGGUCAGAUCAAUUCAAGGAUAUUUGAAGCUGAAAGCACAUCUCUUUUGGUGAAAUUUUUGUGAGUGCGCUUGUUUAGAGCCAUAAACUUUUUCCUUAUCCUUUUUGGGCGUAUUCUCAGUUGUAAAUCCCAAGCUCUUCGUCUCUUUGGACCUUCCAAUGGCGGCAGCGCUGAUAGGUUCAUCUUCCGUCCGUUUUCUCUUCCGAAAAUGCCCUCAUUCCACCUGUCUGGAACCCCACAAUCCCCCUUCUCUCUCCCUCCUCAAUCCCUGUUAUCCCCCUCUCGUUUCCUCUUAUUUCCACGAGAGGAGCCUUCAUUUGAGAGCGGCUUUUGCAGUCGAAGAAGUUGCAGAGGUGAAAGCGGAAGAUGUUGCAGAAGUAGAGGAGGAGGAGGAGGAGGAGAUUUUAAUAGAGAAGAAGAGGAAGCUUUAUGCAGAAAAUCUCCCAUGGACUUUCUCGGCCAACGACUUGAGGAAUUUGUUUGGGCAGUGUGGAGCUGUGAAAGACGUAGAUAUUAUUAAGCACAAAAAUGGCAAAAGCAGAGGCUUUGCGUUUAUCACCAUGGAUUCCACAGAGGAGGCUGUUGCAGCAAUUGAUAAAUUUGAUUCUUAUGAAUUGAUGGGAAGGAUUAUAAGAGUACAGUUUGCAAAGCGUAUGAAGCCUCCUCGUCCAGACAAUAUGGUUAUGGACACAAAUUAUAAGAUAUAUGCCACCAAUCUUACUUGGAAAGUGAGGUCCAGCCACCUUCGAGAAUUCUUUAUGGCCACCACUAGCCCAGUCUCUGCUCGGGUGGUUUUUGAUAGCCCUUCAGGAAAAUCUGCAGGCUAUGGUUUCAUUGGAUACGCUACAAAGGAAGAAGCAGAGGCUGCUAUUGCUGAAUUUAAUGGAAAGGAGUUGAUGGGAAGACCGCUUAGAUUGCAAUUAAGUCAAAGGCCGCCAGAUGAGCCUGAUGGGGAAUCAAAAGUGGAAAGUGAUCCUGAAGAUCAAUCAGAAGAAUCUUAAUAUUCCCAGUGACGAUUUAUUGUAGAAACUGAGAUAUUCCAACGGUUUUUGAAGAUAAAUGGAAUGAUAUGUGAUGGACAUGCCAUCUGAGGGCAAAAGACAAUUCAUGCGAGAUAUUGCUGUUUAAGCAUGCGCUGAAUACUUUGAGUGGUGCUCUUAAUGCUUAUAAUUUGGGUACCGAAAAGUUUUUGAGGCAAUAUAGAGCUGGAAGCCUCUUUUUGGGUACCACAAUGCCUGUGCAAGAUGAAUCUUUGCUCGUACUCCAUCUCAAUACUGUAUUUGAUUUAUUCAUUUAUUUCCCCAGAAAAUUGUGAUGUGAGUGAGCAUUAAAUUAUCAAGAAAAUGUGAGUACUAUGUAUCCUUCAGAGGUACCAUUAGGGAAAGGGUUGAAUUUAUUUGGUGCACAUUUUUUCC